UGGGGAACUGUAGGGUGUUGAAAGGGUGUUUAAGAGAAACUUGUUAACCCUCGGCGCGCAUGAGCAGCGAGGGUUAUUGGGUUGUCUGUCUCUCUGUUACUCAACAUCUCACUUCUCGAAUGUUGUUUCGUCUCACAAACGAUACUGCCUACUUAACGGGCAAUGAAGGUCAGAAAGUUUUUGCAGUUUUCUCUGAAAAUGCUCCGUUACAAAGAUAGAGCACAAAAAAGCCAAUAUGCAAAUACACAACAGAUGGGAUGGCUUACCACAGUCUGAUCGAUCGGCGUGCUCUGCGUACCUCGGAGGCACCAGAAGAUGCAACGCAGGGCGUGUAUCGCCUCUCGCAUGCUAUCUAGUAGGUAGCUAGCCCGCGUCAGACUCUGCGCGAGCUGGCAAGAGUAACAGCUAAAACUAAACCCAGCCAUCAAUUACUGAUACUGCGCAUGCGUUUACUUACACGUGCGCGUCACAAUUCGCGGAGGGUUUGCACUUCAGUGCUUUUCAUUUGUGUUUGUGUUGGUUUCACUCUUAGAAAAUAAGGUUUUUUCAGGCACGCUGAGCUUGCGGCUGUAAUAAGUUGAUUUUUCAUAGAUCCAUUAGAAAAGAGCUUGGUAUAUCGAUUAUCGUGUUUGUUUCCACACACAAGUAAACGUUUUUACUUCGUAGGGUGAAGUUGUUAGUGUGGAGGAAAAAGAGAGGGAGUUGGAAGUUUCAGUGUUUUAUAGCAAUGAUGGAAUUGUCAGCUUUGGGACAGCUUCCCCAACACAAGUUCCAGAGGAAAUGCCCCUUUUAGACGAUGACUAUGAACAUGACCAUGAAAGUGAUAAUAUAAAGCUUUUGGAUAAUAUCAAAGGUCGGCUUUUGAUGUAUACAGAUAUAUUCAAUAAAGGCAUGUGGAAAACAACAUUCCUGUUAUGGAUUUUGUGGAUUGGAUGUGGCUGGAUUUAUUAUGGUGUUGUUCUUUUGACAACAUCUAUCUUUCAUGGAACUAACCAUUGCUUUACUGAACUUCAGAAUACAAGCAAUGAAUCCAACUGUGAAGAACUUAGCAAUGGCACUUACAUAAAAAUAUUUUGGACUUCAGUUGCUGAACUUCCUGGGCUAGUGGUAACCAUCAUCAUUAUUGAAAUACUCGGAAGAAAGAAGACUAUGGCUUUAGAGUCUUUUGGCACAAUGGCUGGAUUUCUUCUUCUCUUUGUGUGCUCAACUUCGGAAGUCACAACUCUGUUUCUAUUUCUGACAAGAGCAUUUGCAACUGGAGUUUUUCAAACUGUUUAUGUGUACACACCAGAAGUAUAUCCUACCAGUAUCCGUGCUAGUGCUCUAGGACUACACACAACAGCUUCAAGAAUUGGUGCUCUCUUAACACCAUUCAAUGCACAGGUGGUGUUCCAUUCCAGUGACAUUGCCGCAGUUUCCUUUUAUGCUGGUUCAUGCUUAUUAUUAGUGAUUUCAUCACUUCUUUUGCCAAUUGAAACUAAAGGGAAAUCUAUGAAGGAUGGACCAUCUGUUCGAUAACAUUAAUUGCUGGAAAUGACACUGUGUCAGUAUGAAAAAGAAAUACUUUAGAGGAACAGAUGAUUACUUUACUUUUACCAAACAUCUGUAGCAGUGUGUUGUAUACUCUUGUCUAUGCUUUGAGAUAUGUCAAAUUAAUAUGUCGGUGA